GUCGAGUUAGCCCUCGGUUAAGUCACGGUCGGGUCUUAACUGCUGGUGUGUCUGUGUGAGUGUGUGUGCAACGGGCGUAGUAUAUAUACACAGAGAGGCGAUAGACACACUAGUGGACGAGAAGUGAGUCGGGUCUUGUCUCUUGCUCCUUCUGCUGCUGCUGCUGUUUUGUUGCUGCUGUUGUUGACGCCAUGGCUAGUGAAUCGAAAGGAUUGGUGUUCGCCACGGCCGUGAAGAAACACGCUGGACGGGCCAAAGAAAAGAUCCUGCAAAAGGUGGGCAAAGUGGACCGGACAGCCGACGAGAUAUUCGACGAUCACGUCCAGAAUUUCAACAAGCAACAAAAUGCGGCCAACAAACUCCAAAAGGAGCUCAACAAUUACAUCCGCUGUGUCAAAGCCAUGCAAGCGGCCAGCAAGACUCUGUACGAGUGCAUGUCGGAGGUGUACGAACCGGACUGGACGGGACACGACUUGCUGACGGUCCAGUCACAAAACAUUGAAAUGCUCUGGCAAGAUCUUGGCCACAAAAUGACGGACCAGGUCCUCAUCCCACUCAACACCUACCAGGGUCAAUUCCCCGAAAUGAGAAAAAAGAUUGAAAAGAGAGGGAGGAAGCUGGUGGACUACGACGGACAGCGACACAGUUUCCAGGCCCUGCAGAGCUCCAAGAAGCGAGAGGAAGUCAAGAUCGGCCGGGCCAAGGAGCAAUUGGAGGAGGCCAAACGGACGUUUGCCGUUUUCAACGCGGAACUCAACGAGGAGCUGCCGUCGCUCUACGACUCGCGUCUGCCAUUUUUCAUCACCAACUUGCAGACUCUCUUCUCGGCCGAGCAGGUCUUCCACUCUGAGCUCUCAAAGGUCCACGGCGAGUUGGAGUCCAUCAUCGACAAAUUGGCCAAGGAGUCGAGCGGACGGACGUCAUCGAGCCACUACAGGCGCAGCUCGCCGCCCACGCAGAUGCUCUCGUCACCCGGCAGCAAUUCGCUCAACAGCCCAGAAAACGUGGGUUCACGCGGAUCGAGACUGGGUCGGACGGAACAGGACGAGGACAACACGAGUCCGUUCCACGACCACCACCAACACAACAACCAAAAUGACCACGACAACUACAGCAAACAAUCUGGCGGGGGACUCAUUGGAGGCGGAACGGGAGCCGGCGGAUUGAAGGAUUACGAACCGGUUGAAGUCGGAGCCCAAGUCGGCGAAAUGACGACGACCAGCACUCCGACCAACAAUGGCGCAGGAGCCGCCACGACCAACGGAGUGAACAAGAGUCCGCCCAGCAGCGGAGGGCCCGGUGCUGCUGCACCGGCUCGCAACACCAAUCAAAGGCCCGGCGUCGAAGAACUUUAUGAUAUUCCCAUAGGUGCUACGACGGAUAACCUUCCGCCAGGUGUUCUCUACAGAGUCCGAGCCACUUACAAGUAUCAAGCGGAAGAUGAGGAUGAAUUGUCUCUUGAGGUGGGCGACACGGUCCAAGUGAUUGAAUACGAAGAUCCCGAGGAACAGGAGCAGGAGGAAGGUUGGCUGAUGGGCAUCAAAGAGGCGACAGGACGUCAGGGUCUCUUCCCGGCCAAUUUCACUCGGCCCAUCUGAGGUGGAACAAGUUGACAAGAAGAAGAAGGAAAGAAACAAGCACAGCCAUGAAGAAGAAGAAAAACAAACAAAAAAACAAAAACUCAUUUAAACUAACGAAUCUGAAAUGGAAAGAAGAUCUGGGGCGAAAUUAAAACCAAACGAAACAAGCUUAUAAGCAGCUCAAGAAGAUAAAAAAGCAAGACUAAAAAAACGAAAAAAGGAAACCAGCUAUCAAACACUCUUUAAAAUUAUUCAACACCAGACUCCUCUUUCUUUUUUGAAAAAUUCUAUUGGAAGAAGAAGAAGAAAAACCAGAACAAUCGUAUGGAAAGUGUUAAUUUAGAUCUGAUUGCACUCUCAUCAUCAUCAUAUCCCCCUCCUUCCCCACUUAUAAUAUUUUUCAACAAGUGGUGAAGAAGAAGAAGAAUAAGAAGCUUUUUUUUUAAAUAUUAUUCAAUUGAACCUGUGUUUACCCACCCUCCUUUCCCAGUGGUCGUAGGUGUUACAUGAUAUUCCCUCCCUCUAGCUCUUUAUAUAAUUAAUUCUCGUAAUUUUUCAUUAUUUUUAAUUCAAAAGAAAGAAAAGUGUGCCAUGAAUCUCCUUCUCUCUCCGCUCCCAUUUUUUCGUUAUUUUUGCGUGUGCUAAAAAGGUGUGUGACACUGUCUCUCUCGGUGAAAACGACAAGGAUCCUCUUCUUCAAAAUUAGCAACAAGAAAAACAAAGAAAUUCUUUUUUCUUUUAAUUAUCAUUUGUCAAUCGGAAAAGACUCGAGCAUGAAUUUUUCUUUAUUUCUCUCCUACCUCUUAAUUAUUUCCCCCUUUCUCCACUUACAAAACAAAACAAACCAUUAAUGAUUUAUAUUUUCUAGUUUAAUCCUGUUGAGAUAAUAUAGCCAUAAAGACAUUGA